AUGUUGUGGGAUAAUCACAAAGAUUCAAUGACUGAUGAUAUAUUGUAUCGACAUCGUACAAGGUGCAACGAUCUAACAAUAUCAUUCAGUGAAGCCAUGUACAAUGAAGCAUUGAUUGCUAUCGAGGAUCUUUGCAUUGCUAUUGCGAAUUUACCAAUCAGUCAUUUCGGUAUGGGCUCACCGAAUCGAAGUGCAUCUGAUUUACUCAACACAGAUAUGAAUCGUGAACUACAGUACGAUACUGUACAAAUGGCAAGCAUUGUUAGCCGCAAUGUUCCACUACUUAAUGAUGAACAAAAAAUUAUCUACGACCGCGUCAUGCUGGCAGUUUCGGCAGGACAAGGAGGAUUCUUUUUUUUAGAUGCACCAGGUGGGACUGGCAAAACAUUUCUUAUUUCGCUACUUCUUGCCGAGAUACGAUCAAAAAAUGGCAUCGCAUUGGCCGUUGCAUCUUCUGGCAUUGCAGCAACUUUACUAGAUGGAGGCAGAACAGCUCAUUCAGCAUUUAAGCUGCCGUUAAACAUUCAAAAUAAUCCAGAUGCAGUGUGCAACAUAAAAAAACAAUCGUCUAUGGCCACAGUGCUGAAACAAUGUAAAAUUAUUAUCUGGGAUGAAUGCACUAUGGCACACAAACAUUCGCUUGAGGCAUUGGAUAGGACAUUAAAGGAUAUAAAAAACAACGAUAAACUAUUUGGCGGCACUUUGUUACUCCUUUCAGGUGAUUUCAGACAAACACUUCCCGUUAUUCCGCGUUCAACCUACGCUGAUGAAAUCAACGCGUGCUUAAAAUCAUCGCGACUAUGGCGUAAUGUUGAAAAAAUACAACUGACGGUGAACAUGCGCGUUCAAAUGCUUCAGGAUCCAUCCGCCGAAACUUUCUCUAAACAACUGUUAGAUAUUGGCGAUGGGAAAGUUGCUGUACAUGAAAAUACUGGAUGCAUAAAAUUACAGACUGACUUCUGCACAAUCAUCGACUCGCAAAAUAGUCUCAUCGAUAACAUAUUUCCCGACGUACACACACAAUAUACAAAUCAUAAGUGGCUGGCAGAAAGAGCGAUCUUGGCAGCUAAAAAUGUGGACGUCAAUGAGUUAAAUUUAAAGAUACAACAGCUGUUGCCUGGGGACUUGGUGUCAUAUAAAUCUAUCGAUGCAGUUUGCGAUACCAACGAGACUGUGAAUUAUCCAAUUGAGUUCUUAAAUUCAUUGGAUUUGCCAGGCAUGCCACCACAUCAUUUACAAUUGAAGGUUGGAUCUCCGAUUAUUGUACUUCGAAACUUAAACCCACCACGGCUAUGUAAUGGCACACGAUUAGUCAUUAAAAAAUUAAUGAAAAACGUUAUUGAAGCCACCAUCUUGAAUGGCAAGUUUCAAGGCGAAAAUGUGUUGCUGCCACGAAUCCCUAUGAUUCCUACAGAUGUGCCAAUUGAAUUCAAACGCACUCAAUUCCCAAUUAGAUUGGCAUUCGCUAUGACAAUCAAUAAGUCACAAGGACAAACAUUGUCUGUAUGUGGCUUAGAUUUGGAAACACCGUGCUUCUCCCACGGACAACUAUAUGUGGGAUGUUCUCGCGUGGGAAAACCAUCCAGUUUGUUUGUGUUGGCUAAAGACGGACUAACCAAAAAUAUUGUACACUCUAUUGCGCUAAGAGAUUAA